GGUGUGAAUCGACAGGUGCUGUGGAGACCGGAAUAUGGCGGCUAUCAGAUUGAGGCCACACCGGGACAGCCAUAUGGACACAAUAACGAAGGAAAUGGCGAUUAUUUUAUGCAUAAUCUGUUUAACACAGUAGAGGAAAAUAUGAAACUACGGCGCCGGGAGAUGUAUGAACUGCUCGACGAGGAUGAGGCGCUUAUUUGUAUGACAAAUUAUCCCAGAUUAGGCAACGAAGACAUAAGUGUCCCCUUCUAUAGAGCCGAUCCCCUGAACAGCACAACCGGCAGUAUAUUCGCGUCGGACGAACUCACAUAUACAGGUCAUCCCCGGUAUAUAAAGACGAGUGAGAAUAUUUUUGAGCGCAGGGGUCGUAAAACAGUGGCCAAUGUUCCCAUUUUUAAAGAUACCAAAACUCCCGACCCUUUCAUUGAGAUAUUCAAUGAUAAGGAGUCGAGUAGAGCGGCGAAAGUGGAUCACAUUUAUUUGGACGCCGGCGUGUUUGGGAUGGGUAUGUGUUGUCUACAGUAG